AUGGAAGAAAACAAACAUUCUCUUUGUAAGAGCAAUAACAAUAAUAAUAAUAAUAACAAUAAUCAAAAUAACAAUAAUAUACAUACACAUACUCAUCCAAAUCAACUAAAUCAACAACAACAACAACAACAAGAAAAUUGUGUAAAUAUAAAUAGUUAUAAUGAAAAUGGUAAAAUUUUGGUUUCGUUUGACAAUCAAGAACAAAUUUCAUGUAAUGUUCCAAAUACUUUGGCAGAUUUUCUGUUAAACGAGCAUCCAAUCGAUAAUUGGGAUGCUUUCGAGCGAAAAUUCCGGCUGCGUUCCUUCAAGGAGAUUUUGAUUUCCUCUGUUAUAGAAUCACCGAUCUCUGAAAACUCAUUGUUGAUGGUUGACGACAGCCUACUCGGUGGUUUCUUAAAACUCGAUGAUUUGACCUUAAAUUGGAAUCUUCAUACACCUUUUGAAUCACUUUAUAAAUCACCAAAACCAAGUAAUCAAUCUUGUAUUCAACAAUAG